AUGUCAACAGACGCAGAAUCGCCUUUGCAGUCCAAUAAUUCUAAACUGUACACUCCGCCAAGUUUGGCAGAGCGCAGUUUACGCUUUCGUCCUGUUUUUGUUAUUUGCCUGUUCAGUCUGCAUCUGUUCUUCGCGAUCCUGAUCGUCGUGGUCGGCACUAUCGCAUCGGCACUCUGCUGGCCACACCCCGACGGUGACGCGUCCUCUGUUUAUUUUAUCAUCAUUUAUCUACGCAUCAGCUACUGGGUGGUAACGUACGUGAUCCACGAACAGAACAAGCGAGAAUUUGUUCGACUCGCCGAGCCGGACUUUGAUCACUACCGUACGCUGACGGUGUAUCGGAAGGCACCGCUACAGAUUGCCACCUUAUGGAAUGUGAUUCUACUGACGGUGCAGAACCAGGUACGAUACCUGUUUCCGUAUGUGCAGGGAGAUGCUAGUGCUGGUAGCAAUGGUAGCGUUCGGACAACCGUAGGCGGAGCACUGAAUCCAGCCAUUACACCGCAGGUGUUCGUGAUCGUGGUGUGUGCUCUGGAGCUGUUGGUUUUAUUGUGUUUUUACGUGCCACUUGUAAGGAUUCUAAUCGAUAUCAGAACAUCGGAAGGCCAUGGAAAGGUAACAGACCUCCGGUACCGUCGCAUGACGGAUACGGAACUCGCGGAACAACCGAUCGAGUGGCAGUUGGAACGGCAAGCUAUCCUGAUCAAGACGCUUCGCACGAAACGCGAUAGCUUACAGCGGGAGGCAAAACUACUUGGCCUCGAUCAUUGUUGA